AUGAACCGAACGGCUGAACUUAUGCCUGAUUUCCGACGUAUGAACAAGGCAGAAAUCACCGGAGAUAGGAUCCGACACGUCCUAACCUUCAACCCCAACUCUGCCAGACCUGAAGAAAAAAUUUACGUUAAUAUUCCAAAACUAAAAGCCGACUCCGUUCUCGUACGGUACAGCAUGGCUCUGGUCUUCGACUUUAAGAACAGUAACACAAAAUCCUGGUUCAGAAACAACUUAGGAAAACUACUCCAAAGGAGAUUGGAAAUUCGCCUCGCAGGAGAAAAAGUUUACGAUAACAGUGGAGAAAGUUUACUGGAGGUCUAUAAGGACCUAUGGUUACACAAGAAACAGCGCGACAGCAUGGUGGAGGAUGGUAUUGCUAGCGAAGCCACAAGGAAAAAAAUACCUAAAGAUGAUUCUGCAAACGACGAUGUGAAUGCCGUCGCAUUGUUCGAAGUAUUUGUAACAAAACAAAGAAUCCAAAUCGGUAAAAUCCUAAAAGAUCACGGACUCUACGCUCCACACAAUAUGGCAAACGAUCUACAGUAUGUCAUAACCCUACCAGCGGCAGAUGAAAUCAUGAACGCACAGGGUGGGGAAAAAGUGGAAGGGUAUACCCUGGAAAACAUUGAGUUGGAGUACAAAUCCAUCGACAACAUCGGAUUGGCAAGAAAAGUGGAAAGUCAGUACAACGUCGGCGUAAGCUGUCUUUCGAACAUGUCAUCCUGA